UACCAACCACAGGUCUGUCUCUCAAGGGAGAAAAACAAUGGCCGACUAUGGUACCACAAUCUCUCUCUCAAGAGAGCUCUCUCACACCUCCGAUGCGUCUUCCUCCGACCACAGUCCUCGGAGCGUGGCCGCAGUACUCUCCACCCCUCCCUCAUCCUCUUCCUCCAAACGCCGAACUCUUAACAAGCCCUCCCCCGAUAAUCACCACUGCAUUCGAUCCAUGGUGGAGGUUCAGAGAAAGCCCAGAGGCAGACCUCCGGGCUCCAAAAACAAGCCUAAACCACCUAUUAUUAUCACCAAAGACACUGAAUCCGCCAUGAAGCCAGCUAUCCUCGAGAUCUCUGCUGGCUCCGAUAUCAUCGAUUCCAUCAUCAGCUUCGCGCGUAGGAACCGCACUGGUAUCAGUAUCAUCAGUGCCACUGGUUCUGUGUCUAAUGUGACGCUCCGCCAGCCAAUCCCUCAUGCACCAUCUCUCUCUUUACAUGGACCCUUUAACUUGCUCGACCUAUCGGGUUCGUUUCUCGGUUCUCUUGCUCUAAAACAGUGCUCUUCUGCUGGUUCUAGCUCCUUGCAUCCUUCUUGUUGUUUUGGGAUAUCUCUUGCAGGGGCACAAGGGCAAGUAUUCGGAGGUAUUGUCUCCGGGAAGGUGUUAGCUGCAAGUCAGGUGGUGAUCGUCGCCGCCACUUUCUUGAACCCAACAUUUCACAGGCUGCCAAGUGAUAAUGAUGAGGCUGAGGAGACUAAACCUAAUGUUGGUGGCCCUGCAAAUGAGUCUUGUAUUAGCAGUGGCAUGGCUGUUCAUGGUGUGUCCAACCCAAGUCUAAUGAAUUGCCAGAUUUCUCCUGAUAUCAUGCACUGGGGUCCUCCUCCUCGCCCUCACUAUUAAGAAAAAGUUGAAGAAAGUAGCCAAGGAAUUUACAUGCAAAUUUUGUUUAAUUUGGCAAUCUUCCAUUAGUUUUUCGAUUUGUUGUCUAGAACUUCAGGGAACUGCUAUCAUUGGCAAGUCUAUCAAAUAUUAUCUAUUCUUUUGAUGGCAUUUAAUUAUUAUGCAUAUGGUUUUGUUUUC